CACACACACACAUGCACGCACGCGCGCGCGCUACCGUUGUGCCCCCUCCCCCACCCGCACUGUUACCUCCUGUCCUGCCUGCCCUGCCUCGCGCCCCGGCUCUGGCUCCCCCUCAUGUCCGUCGCCACGGAGACGGAUCUCCUUCGCCGGCGUAUCGAAUGCGCAGAGGCACACAUUGCGGCCCUUGAGGCGGGUCUAUCCGCCUCAACCUGCCCCGUGUCUGUGCCGCAUACCCCCUGCUACUGUGCUGGCCUCCCAGCCGGGUCCACUGUCUCUGGCAAGACUGGCGAUGCCGGUGAUGUUGGCGGUGUCCCGAAGCUCGUCACUCUCGAGGGGCUGACCGUCGAGGAAAUUGGCCGCUACUCGCGGCAGCUUCUGCUGCCGGAGUUCUCCUUCUCGGCCGCUGAGCUCCCCCCUUGGACCCUGCCGGGCCUGGGGAACGACCUGUGCUCGGAAUUCUCGAUCAAUCCCGCAGCCAAGCUCUCCGGACAAGCUCGCUUGGCCCAGGCCCGGGUCCUGUUAGUUGGCUGCGGUGGGCUCGGUGCCCCGGCCGGUCUGUACCUCGGGGCCUGUGGUUUAGGCGAGCUGGGCCUUGUGGACUUUGAUCUCGUUGAGCGCAGCAACCUCCCCCGGCAAAUUGCCUUCGGUGUCCCGGAUCUCGGCCGCUCCAAGGCCGAGGCCCUUGCCGAAGGCAUUCGCGCGCGCAAUCCCUCGGUAAAGACCACGGUCAUUCGGGAAAAGCUCGAUCGCCAAUCGGCCAUCGACCUCAUCCAACAGUAUGACAUUGUCCUCGAUGCGACGGACAAUGUCAGCAUCCGCUAUGCUCUGAGCGAUGCGUGCGUCGCCACCGGUCGGGUCCUGGUUUCAGGCAGUGCCCUUGGCUGGCAUGGGCAGCUUACCAUCUAUAACGGCUCGGAGGAUGGCCCAUGCUAUCGGUGUCUUCAUCCGCGUCCGCCGCCGCCGCAAACCGUCGGCUCGUGCGGCUCCAGCGGCGUUGUGGCCAUGAUCCCCGGCCUCAUUGGCCUGCUUCAGGCUCUGGAGACUGUCAAGUUGAUCAUGUUCGGCACUUCUGCUCUGAUUGGUAACCUCCUAUCUCUGAAUGGGCGCACCGCGGAGUUCCGCACAUCGCGCAUGCGCUGGCGCCGGCCCCCUGGGAAGUGUCUCUGCGCGCCUUUGGCCGACUCGGAGGCCUUCGCAUUUGCCGAUCGCAAACCCAUUCCUCUGGUGGACCCGCGACAGGGGGCUCCUCUGCCAGCCAAUCCCACAAGUAUCAUCAUUGCUCAAGUCGCUAAGCAACUGGCUUCGCCGAAUGCCCGCCAGCAGGAGCUAGAGCUGAUCCGGGCCUGGUCCGCGCAUCUGUCAGCUCCGGGGUGGGAGCUGUUCCCUGGCUUGGCACAAAAACUCCAUCCGGACUUCAACUGCGGCAUGUACGUCCAUCCGGUCGGGCAGCCUGGGCUGUCGAAUGCCCGGCUGACGGCCGGUGAUGUCCGGGACCUUCUGUCCGCGGCCGACCGCGAGGGACUCGCAUGUGGUCGUAUUGCUGGCGAUAGUGAGAGCUGCUGUGCGGAUGCUGGCUGUCGUCCCGUCUGGCGCCUCCGAAGUGCGGUCGCCCUGUCCGCCGGGUCGUGCCUGGCCCCUGCGGUGCCCGGCCAGCCGGCCGGCAGUGCGCCGGCGCUCUCCCAACUCGAGGCUGGACUGGUCGUGGAGCUCCUCGAUGUUCGCCCGGCGACCCAUUGGAACAUGGCGCAUCUGGCUGGCACGACUCGUACGUGUGACUCGGCUCCGUUUGCUCUUCUUUUUUCGCUCCCAGUGACACUCCUUCUCGCGAUCCCUCCUCUCCCUCCCCCUCUCCCCCCCCCCCACACACACACACAACCACAACCACACAUGUGUGCGCGCGCACGAACACGCUCUCUAGAUGUUGAAAUGUCAAACCUGAAAAAGCAUCAGGCUUCCCCUUCGGUGGACCUGACCAUCACCCUUUGCCGCCGAGGCAACGAAUCCCAGCGCGCGCGGGACCACUUCGAGACGACCCACGCGCCAGGCCUUUACGCUGAUAUGAUCGGUGGCUUCACCGCAUGGGCCAACCAGGUGGACCCGGGCUUCCCGCGAUACUUCUAACAGCCGGUAGGCGGAACUGCCUGUGGCCAUGUACACCUCCUUUUGCUUGCACCCAACUGCAUACCGACAAAUAGAUCACAACCCUCCCCGUAGGAAAGCAAUGGGCAUAUCCACAAAGGCUGGGAAGUUCAU